CACACAAACGGCUCGCCGGAGAAGUGGGGCAGUCCUGGACUUUGUGUGUUUUUUCGGAAGCGGAUUAUCCUUCUAACUCUACACAACCGUCCCGUCUGAAGAAGACUUGUGAUCGACAGAGAAAGGAAGAUGCCGCUUCUCCACAAAAAGCCGUUUGUCAGACAGAAACCUCCGUUGGACCUGAAACCAGAUGAAGAGGUUUUCCUCUGUAAAGUCACACACGAAAUCUUCAGGACUUACGACGAGUUCUUUGAGAGGACCAUCCUGUGCAACAGCCUGGUGUGGAGCUGCGCAGUGACGGGUAGGCCAGGUCUGACCUAUCAGGAGGCGGUGGAGAGCGAGAGGCGGGCCCAGCAGAGUCUCCAGAGCUUUCCAUCCUCGUUGGUGCUCCCCCUGCUGCACUUGGCCUCCCUCACCCACCGCACCCGCCUACACGAGCUCUGCGAUGACGUCUACUCCUACGUGCGAGAGCGCUUCUUCAUCGGGGAGACGGUGGACGUAACUGCACGCUCUGGAGUCAGGCAGCUGUGUCGGAUCCUUGAGGUACAGUCUCCGCAGUCCAAUGGCACGGUCAACGGCCACGUGAAGCACCACAUGGAUGGGGAAGCCAUUGUCAUCAGUGACAGUGACGAUGAAGGCAGCUCCAAAGCCGCCAAGUCCCCCAAGCCUUCACUCAAUGGGAAGAAGAAAGCCAGUGUGAGCCCAUCUGCAUUCAAGUACAAAGUUGUGCCCCUCAAAGCAGAAGACUGUGAGCCCAUGAUCGUCAAAGCCUCUCAGAUCAAUCGCAAGAAGAACGUGUUCUCACGGGAGAGGCUGAAGCUGCUUCUGAAACAGCACUGUGAACCCCAGUAUGGAGCCAUCCGACUCAAGGCUGCGACAAUAGCCAAGUACAAGCUGUCGGAACACAGUUUCUCCCAGUUCUUCCCUGACGAGCCGCCCGUCUUCCCCUUAAGUCCGGCUGGAAAGGCACGGAGCCGCCCACCCAACAGCUCUUCACCUGGUGGAGGCACUUUUAGCACGGAUGGGGAGAGCGUAAUGCGUGCCGCUGAGGAGAAGCUGAGACUGAUGCAGCAGAAGGAGGAGAUGAUGACCCUGGCUCUGGAGAAGACCAGGCUGAAGAAGGAGAAGGAGGAUGCCUUGGAGGCCAAGAAGAAGGAGAAGGAGGAUGCCUUGGAGGCCAGGAAGAAGGAGAAGGAGGACAAGGAGAGGAAGCGCGAGGAACUGAGGAAGCUAGUGGAGGAGGAGAAGCAGAAGAGGAAAGAGGAGAAGGAGAGGAUGAAGGUGGAGAAAGAGAAGGAGAGGGAGAAGCUGAGGGAGGAGAAGAAGAAGUACGCAGAGCGGCUGAAGCAGUGGAGCAAACCCAGAGAGGACAUGGAGUGUGAGGACCUCAAGGACCUUCCCCUGCCCCUGCCUGUGAAGACGCGGCUCCCCCCAGAGCUGUUUGGGGAUGCCCUCAUGGUGCUGGAGUUCCUGCAGGCCUUUGGGGAGCUCUUCGAUCUCAAAGACGAGUUCCCAGAGGGUAUCACUCUAGAGGUCCUGGAGGAGGCGCUGAUGGGCUGUGACCCAGAAGGCCCACUAUGUGAACUACUGUUCUUUUUCCUGUCGGCCAUCUUCCAGGCUCUGGCCGAAGAGCAGGAGGAGGUGGCCCGGGACCAGGUCGCUGAGGCUGACUCCAAAGACCUUAGCGAGGCCCUGGAUGAAGAUGCUGACCCCACGCAGUCAGCCAUCAGUGCAGUGGCCUCUCUGGCGGCUGCCUGGCCUCAGCUCUACCAAGGCUGUAGCCUGAAGCAGCUGGACCUAGAUAGCUGCACCCUGUCUGAAAUCCUGCGCCUCCACAUACUGGCCUCUGGUGCCGACUGCAACUCCACCAAUGCCAAGUUCCGCUACCAGAAGCAGGGUGGCUUCGGUGCCACAGACGAUGCCUGCGUGGAGCUGCGGCUGACCAAUCCCGGCCUGCUGAAGAGGCUGUCCUGCACUGCUGUCUAUGACCUGCUGCCCGGAGAGAAGCUGAAGAUCCUCCACACCCUGUGCGGGAAGCUGCUGACACUGGUGUCCACACGGGACUUCAUUGAGGACUGCGCCGAUGAGCAGAGGCAGGCCAAGCAGGAGUUGCGUGAGCUGAAGGCUGAGCAGCACCGCAGAGAGAGAGAAGAGGCAGCCAACAGGGUCCGUAAAAGGAAGGAGGAGAAGCUAAAAGAACAGGAGCUGAAAAUGAAAGAGAAGCAUGAGAAGCUCAAAGAGGAAGAGGAGAGGAACAGCAGUCACGAAGCAGGGGCAGGUCGAGAGGAGAUGGACACAAGUACAGAGAGCCAGGAGGGAUACAGGGAGCUUCACAUGGAAGACAAGGAUGAGAAGACACCCCAAAGCAAGACCAAGAAGACGGUAGGGAAGAGCAGCAUUGAGAAGGAGAAACCGGCCGAGGCACGGGAGCCGGUGGUGAGUGCAGAGGAACAGCUGCAGAAGGAGAAGGAGCUGCAGGAGCGCAUCCAGAAGGCAGCCGCCUGCACGUACAUCCUGCCGCUGGGCCGCGACCGCCUGUACCGUCGCUACUGGCUCUUCCCCUCUGCCCCCGCUCUCUUUGUGGAGGAGGACUACUCUGGCCUCACUGAGGACAUGCUGCUACCCCAGCCUCCCUGCGAACACCAGGCCGUGGCCACACCCGAACGCUCUCCCCAGGCUGAAGAUAUCACCCCGGAGCUGGCCCCUGUCCACAGUUCUGCCCCUCCCGUCAACCGUCCCAACUCUUGGGCCUUCUACAGCACCCCCCAGGAGCUGGAGAGGCUGAUAGAGGCCCUGAACCCUCGGGGGUACCGCGAGAGCACCCUCAAGGAGGCGCUGGUGCAGGAGAAAGAGCGCAUUGUUCAUGUUCUCAGCAACUGCCCCACACAUCGCUUCCAUCACUCAGGUAAUAAGUCUGAGAGCGAGGGAAAAGCAGGCCCUGUGAAGCUGAGGAGCAGCCCUCCAGUACCAGAGGGGUCCCCCUCUGCCGAGCGCCACAUGGAGAACCGCUUGAGAGACCUGCUGCUGGACAUUGAGGACCGCAUCUAUCAGGGGACUCUGGGAUCUGUCAGGGUAAUGGAGCGGACUGCCUGGAGGACAGCACUAGAGAGUGGCCAAUACGAGCUACUGAGCCCGGAACUGAAGGAGAAUGGAGUGGUGAAAGGGGAGAAUGGAGAGGUGGAGAUGGAGGUGGACUACAGCCAUAUCAAAGCAGGAGUGAAAGACAGGUUACAGGAACUGAAGGGUGAGAGUACAAGUGCAGCAUCCACCAGUUCCAGCACCCCCCAGCCGGUUAAUAACUGUGUGCAUUACCUGGCCCGGGCGCUGGCCCAGAUAGAGCAGGGCAUUGAGAGGAAGUUCCUCAAGGCCCCACUGGGGGAUGAAGACAACAAAAAAGAGCAGAAAAUAAAGAAGAAGGAAAAGAAGAAAGAUGAGGAUCUAUCCGGUGAAAAAGAUGAUGGUAGUGAGAGUGGCCGUGCCUGUAAGACAGUGCAGGAGCGCUGGAGGGAGUCUCUGCUGGGCUGCUCCAGCUUGUCGCAGAUCUUCUUGCACCUCUCCACGCUGGAGCGCAGCGUGGUCUGGGCCAAGUCCAUCCUCAACGCCCGCUGCAAGGUGUGCAGGCGCAAGGGUGAUGCCGAGAACAUGCUGUUGUGCGACGCCUGCCAGCGCGGGCACCACAUCCACUGCGUCAGGCCCAAGUUAAAGACAGUCCCAGCUGAGGAGUGGUUCUGCCCUGAGUGUCGUCCCAAACAACGCUCGCACCGCCUCAGCUCCCGCCAGCGCUCCUCCAUCGACUCUGAGGAGGAGCUUGAGACCGAGGAUGAGGACAAUGAGGAGGAGGAGGACGAGGAGGAGGAUGAGUCAGAAGAGGAAGAGGAGGAGGAAGAAGAAGAGGAAGAGGAAGAGAAGGAAAGUCCUCCUAAGAAAGGCCGCGCUGCAGUGAAGCUGCUUCUUGCAACCAAGGGAGGCCGGUCAGGCAGCAGGUCCACCCCCCGCCAGACAGACUCUGACCGUUCCACCCCCCGAAGCCAGCAGACCACCCCCAAGCAGAGCCUGUCCGCCGGGAGGGGCGGCCCCAAGUCCUCUGGAAAGAAGAGCGGCCCUGCCUCUGCAGGCAGGCCACCGCCCCGUGUGGGUGCCCGAUCUAGCACCCGUCUCAGCCAGGAGGUCAGCAUGACAAGCAGCAGCAGCCCAUCCACCACAGCCUCCUCCCAGGACAGACAGAGCAACUCCCGGAAACGGCCACUCACAGAGGUUUCUCCCAAAGCCAAGGUGGUGCUCAGUGCUUCCAGCAGCUCAUCCAGUCGCCGCAGCUCAGGGAGAAACCAGGGUGUGCACGAGCUCUCUGCCUGUGAGCAACUCACUGUGGAGCUUGUCAGGCAUGAGGACAGCUGGCCCUUCAUGAAGCUGGUGUCCAGGACCCAGGUGCCAGACUAUUAUGACAUCAUUAAAAAGCCCAUCGCUUUGAGUAUAAUCAGGGAAAAAGUCAACAACUGUGAAUACAAAACUGCCUCUGAGUAUAUUGAGGAUGUGGAGCUGAUGUUCACCAACUGCUUGGAAUACAACCCCCGCAGCACCAAUGAAGCCAAAGCUGGGGUUCGGCUCCAAGCUUUCUUCCACACAGAAGCCCAGAAACUGGGCCUUUCUGUACGGGCCAGUGAUCAGAGUGCCCUACCUCACAAGCGCCCCCGAAUGUAACCUGCCCUACACCUCUCCCUUUCUUCUGCUUUUGGUAUGUGUUCAAACUCACAGGACAGGCACAAAAAACCCUACUCUACAAACACAAGGGACGCGUCAAAAAGCAGGGACCCUCUGAAGAAAUGGGACAGGGGGAACAAUCAUGAGUCCAGGAAUAAACCACUUGCUGUGAAAUAAAACUGCACUGUAAAAAAAAACAAAAACAAAAUUAGUCCUUUUCACUCAGAAUCACUCAGGACAGACUCAUGGUAUUUUUAACAGUGCAUUUAUUUUGUAUAUUUGGCUGCAAUUGUUGCCCACAUUUGUUUUUGCUUUGGUUUUUGUAUAAAUUUUAUUCCUUAAUGACUUCUCCAUUAUUCUAAUGAAUUGUGUUGCAGUUUGAAGGAUCUCUAGUAUUUAGAAGGGUUUCAUAGUACUGAACCCAUAGUAAAAAAAAAAAUUAACUCAGUACUUUCAGGUUCCCAUUUUUCAGUGAAAUACACUACAUAGGAACCAAAAGCAGCCAUUUCUCAGUUCAAACCUUUCCAAACUGAGAAGAUAUGUAUUUAGUGUUGAAUAACGUUUUGAGGUUGAAAAAUUGUCCGUAUUUAUAAGAAUGUUAUAGAAUGCGUUUGUCUCCUUUACUAGUUUUUGUAAUUAAUUACAUCAGUUUUAUGUUGAUGCGGAAAGCUGAUUGUGAGCAUCGGGUUUACGACGGUGAAAGCUUUUGUUUUUUGAUGUUUCCAUUACCACUUUCUACCUUCUG